CGAAAAAAAAUACAUGAGAAAUUAUGAUAUCUUGAUCUUACCUACCUACCUACUUACAGAUUCUUCGAGCCUAAGACUAACCACGAUAUAAGAUGGCCGCUAAAGCAUCAAUAUAUACCCACCUCGCAGAAUCACACACUCAUCCCACAGGCGAAGAACACAAGCCCCUGAAACGACUCCCCGGCUUACUAAAAAGUGGUAUUACUCCCAUUACACCACCACCCUACGAUAAUUACUACAAACAUAAAGCUCAUCAGGAUUUAAAAUGGUAUCAAGCCGAAAGAUUCGGGGGUAUAUUUUCCUUUUCCCCCGAUAUCCCAAUCGUGAUUCAAAAAGCUGCAACAGACUAGAAACUAAUGAGAUAAAAUCAGGUUUCACUACACAAGAACUCCAUCUCCACGAUGCAUUUGCUCCAUAUUCCCAAGCUAAAGCUACGGGAAAAUUAACAUGUCCUAUUCAUCCUAUUAUACAAAGAACGAAAUGGAGACGAAAAUUACCUGCGCAAUUAGCUCGAUAUCCGCUUGGGAAUGGACGGGAGGGAUAUUGGGAUGCUGUAAGAAGGAGUUCUUUUCUUUGGGGGAUUGCUAGAUAUAUGUAUGCAUGCUGAUAAUCUGAGAUGAUAGUGGGAAAAUGAUACGGUUUGGAAAUUGAUGGUGCCGGCUUUACAAUUAACGACGAUGUUCUUGGCAAAUUUGUAUACUUGGCCUUGGUGAGAUAUCUCUGUUAUUGUUGUACUGAUAAGAGAGAGAAAAAGCUAAUUAAUCGGGCAGGUUCGAUGCAUUAUUCCUUGGAGAAAUGGAAGAAAUAGACGGAAUUGAUUUACCUGCAGAAUUACGGGGCAAAAAAGGAUAUCGAAAGUUCAAACUUCGAGCACCGUACAUAUCUGCGAACGAAACCGAGCGCAGACGUGUUCAAGGAAUGCUUGAAAGAUUUAGGGAUGAUGUGACGUUGGAUUUGAGUAGUGGACAUACGGAUACUAAAUCGGGAUUACCUGAUGAGUUUGAAUUUGCGAAUACGAAUGGAUCGCUGGAUGUAGUUACUCGAAAGGGAAUUGGGAUUUCGAUGGCUUUUGAAAUUUUGGAACCGUUGUUUAAUGAGAAGAUUACUGAGGCCGAGAGGUUGAUUGUUUUGUAUAGAUUUGCGGGGACUUUACUUCAUGAGCUUUGUGUAAGUUUUAUUGGAUUUUGCAUGCAUGCAUAUAUAGAUUUUGAGCGGAAGAUAUGCUGAUUGUGAAUAGCAUGCUUUUUGGGAUUGUUUGCGGAAAUGGGGUGUUCGAGUUGAUGGUGCGGAUGUAGUUGGGCUGAAUUUGGAACCUUGGUUUGAACACCAAAGAACUUCUGAAUUGUAUGUACUAUCUCCAACUAAA